CGGUUCAGGCCGCGGUUCAAUUUGAAAUACAAAAAGCGAUCAUGUAUAAAUGAGCACGAUAGCCGAAUAAAAUGGUCGAUGAUGUGAGCGGGUCUGUAUGUCCGGUGUGAGUCCGGCCAACCGUCAUCGGUCAUCGCGAUGAAUAACGCGCCUUGACGGAGACGCGUAAUCUAGCGUAAUCCGCGCGUAAUAGUCAGUAGUGGUGGCGAUCAUGACGAUUGUGUCUCGCUUAAGUAAUUCGAGCGUUUCUUUUGUUGUAACAAUGCGUGGUCGGUAAGACUUCUGAGAAAAAUAAUCAACUGUGCAGUAGCGCGCACGAUGCGCUAUCGGCGAAACGUUUUUAGGCUAGAAUUGUGUCCUGCGUGAAAAUUUUGAAGAAAUCUGCAAAAAUGUCUAAUGAAGAAGCCGAGACCACGUCUGCUAGACUAACUCGUAUGCUGUCACAGGAGUCUGAAUACGAUGAUGCUUUGGAAGUACCUGAUUCAUUAGAAAUAACAGUUGAUGAGCAUGGAGAGACGGUACAAGUUCAAAAGGAAGACAUAGAAUGUGUAGAUAAUAAAGAAAUCCUUGGUACAAUACCUUUCACUGUUAUACACAAUCCACCAAAGUUCAAAAGUCAGCACUGUAAUGUGUUUAUUUCUGGCGAAGAAGUAUAUGUAAGAAUAAUAGAUAACGAGCGUAGUAUAACCACGCAUCCUUUGAAUCCAAAUCUGUACACCAUAGAAUUUAGACACGGUCCUUUUGUGUGGACUAUCAAAAAACGAUACAAGCACAUUCAGCAACUGCAUAAUCAAUUAAAAAUAUAUCGUGCUAGUUUGAACAUUCCCUUGCCUAUAAAAAGCCACAAAGAGAGGAGGAACAGUCUGAAAAAUCUUGGAACUGCAAGUGAGAAGAAAGGUAGACGUCGUAAUGCUUUACCAAGAUUUCCUAACAAACCUGACAUCCUAGUGCCUCAUGAACAGUUAAAUCAGAGAAGAAAGGUGCUGGAAGAAUAUCUGGGAAAUUUGCUCAACAUAGAAAUCUACAGAAGACAUCCUGAUACUAUAGAUUUUUUGGAUAUUUCACACCUAUCUUUCAUAGCUGAUUUGGGCAUGAAGGGAAAAGAAGGCACAAUUCUAAAACGGACUGGAUCAGGUAGUAGAAACAGGUGCAACUUUUGUCGUCUGUUUGAAUAUGGAUUCUGUAUCAAGUGUAACUACUUCUGCACCUCUCUUUGCGGCACUUGGCACAAGAGACAUCUCGUAGUUAAGGAUACCUUCGUCGCGUAUCUCAAUCCACAAGAUGGAAGAGUGAGAUCCGUUAUUCUGAUGGAUAAUGGUUUCGGGAUCAGUUCCGGAAUAUACAGCACAGGUUCACGAACCGGAGUUCAGAUUGCGAAUCUGAGCAGGCACAUAGUCGUUAAAUGUUGGACGAAACGAAAAACCAAGGAAUGGAUAGAGUUCAUACAGGAAGUUAGUAGCAAAGAAGGCAAGGAUUUUAUACAAACAAAUCCGCACAACUCAUUUGCACCUUACCGUUCGCCCGUAUCUGCGACUUGGUUCGUGGACGGAGCCGAUUACAUGUCGGCUGUGGCCGAUGCGUUAGAAAACGCUAAAGAAGAAAUUUUUAUCGCCGACUGGUGGCUGUCACCGGAAAUCUAUAUGAAAAGACCGAUUUUAAAUGGGGAUUACUGGCGAUUAGAUAAGAUUUUACAAAGAAAAGCAGCUGAAGGUGUCAAAGUAUUCAUAAUGAUAUACAAAGAAAUCGAGGUAGCUUUAGGUAUAAACAGUUAUUAUAGUAAACAAAGACUUGUGGAACAGUGUCCUGAGAACAUAAAAGUAUUGAGACAUCCGGAUCAUGCGAGAGCGGGUGUUUUCUUAUGGGCUCAUCACGAAAAGAUUGUGGCCGUCGAUCAAUGUCUGGCGUUUCUCGGUGGCAUUGAUUUGUGUUACGGUAGAUGGGACAACAGUGAACACAAAUUGACAGAUUUAGAUUCCAUUCAUCAGUCAACCAUUUACAUUCCUUCAAAAGACAGAUUAGUUAACACUAGCAGUAAGAAAGUAUUAUCUCGCAACACAGAGAGACACGUGCUCUUACCAUUGGCAAUUGCAACGAACACUAUCGCUAUGGCGACUACAAGAUCUAUACCUCUUCUACCAAUGAUGAACAGUCAAGAACAAAAGAUGUUAUUACCGACGUUAUCGAAGGAUGAUUCGCUGUUCAUGAUACAAAGGAAGAAAGAUGUGAAACGUAAUACUCCCGAGAUGGAAAGAAAGAAUCUAUUUGGCGUGGCAAAAACGACCGUCGAUAAAAUGAAGAACACCGUGAGAGUGAAGAGACAAGAAAUCAUUAACAUGAUGUACAAUUCGCAGGAAGCAGCUUGUACCAUUGCCGCGGAGAAUGAUGGAGUUUUUAUAUCUGAUGGAGAUACGGUGGAUUAUUCUUGCAAUUUAAAUUCUACAGCGAAAUUGUGGCUCGGCAAAGAUUACACAAAUUUCAUCGUUAAAGACUUCAAUGACCUUGAAAAGCCUUAUCAAGAUUUAGUGGAUAGAACGACCACUCCUAGAAUGCCGUGGCACGACAUUGGAGUUUUGGUGCAGAACGCCGCUGCUAGAGACGUGGCUAGGCAUUUUAUACAACGUUGGAAUGCCAUCAAGCUAGAAAAAGCAAAUUUCAAUGCGUGUUACCCUUACUUACUGCCCAAGUCGUAUAGAGAUUGCAAGAGCUACGCUCCGUUUAUCAAAGAAGCAAAUAAGCACAAUGUCAAGUGUCAAGUACUGAGAUCGGUGAGUUCUUGGUCCGCCGGGUUUCUCGAUUCGGAAACGAUGGAACGGAGCAUACAGGAGGCUUACAUUCACGCUAUCAGUAACGCCGAGAGGUACAUCUAUAUAGAAAAUCAAUUUUUCAUAACGCUCGCUUCCAUGGAGAAAGGUGGCGUGAAGAAUCGAAUAGGCGAAACACUGUUAAAGAGAAUUCUGAGAGCGCACAGAGAAGGCGCGGUGUUUCGAGUAUUCGUCGUGAUGCCUUUACUGCCGGGCUUCGAAGGGGAAGUCGGAGGACCUAGUGGGACAGCGCUGAGAGCGAUAACACAUUGGAAUUAUGUUUCCAUAUCGAGGGGGAAAGAUGCUAUUCUAAAUCGGCUGAUGGAAGCAGGUAUAGAGGAUCCUACCGAAUACAUAACAUUCCACGGUUUGAGAACUCAUUCCAUGUUAAAUGGCACGAUGGUAACGGAACUGAUCUACGUUCACAGUAAGCUGAUGAUAAUAGACGAUCAAACAGUGAUCUGCGGAUCAGCAAACAUAAACGACAGAAGUAUGGUCGCCACAAGGGACAGCGAGAUAGCCGUGAUAAUUCAUGAUCAGGAGUUCGAGGAUGGACGCAUGAACGACAUACCUUUCUCUUGCGGCAAGUUCGCUUCUUCUUUGAGAAAGAAAUUAUUUCGCGAACAUCUGGGCCUGUUGAAGACUAAGGAAGACAUCGACAUCGAUGACGCCAUCAUCAGAUCUUUCUACAAGGACGUCUGGUGCGCUAGAAGCAAACGAAACACAGAAAUUUACGAAGAAGUGUUUCAGUGCAUUCCUACGGAUAAGGUAGUCAAUUUCGCUAUGCUAAAACAGUACCAAGACAAAAUACCUCUUUCGUCAUCCGAUCCGUUGUUAGCACAAGAAAUGGCAGAAAGUAUUAAGGGUCACUUGGUAGACUUGCCGUUGAAUUUCCUCUGCAACGAGGAAUUAAAACCUGCUACUGCCACGGUAGAGGGAAUAAUGCCAACUUCGUUAUGGACGUGAGUGCGCAUUUCCCCGUGAGAGCAUCUAUUUUCAAAUUAAUGAAGCAGUUUUUAUGAAUUCGUUUUAUUACAAAACGCAACAAAUUGAUCAGGAAAGUUUCAUCUUCGAAGCUCCUAGAUAGAUAUACUCCAAUUAUAUUUAAAUAUGGUUGCAGUAAGGAGUCUUAAUAUUUAUACUGUGCUAAACAAAGAGAUAUAAAGUAUUUUUUUUUAUCACUUUGAUAUUUAUGUAUACAUUGAAAUUAUUAUUGAAAUUAUUCUCUAUUUACUGCUUUUUUGUAAUUAGUGGAAGUUUUAAUCGGUAACAAAGUAUAUUUUUUUUAAGAGAUAUUAACAGUCAUUUCAAGUGCAGUUUAAAUUUGUUAUAUAUUUUAUACAUAUUAACAGAGUAUUUAAAAUUAUAUUUUUAUUUAAACGUAAUUUUAUCUUCAGUCUUAACUUGUUUCGACAAGUACGUCUAAUUUAUUCUGUUUAAACUUAGUAAAGGCGUUAUUACUUAACAUCUGUUAAAUUAUUAAAAUUUUAAUGAGCUCAUUGUUAG